AUGUAAUUUAAAUGUUGACAAUGUAUGCAGGUUAAGUUAAAAUGGGACAUUACAGCUAUACGCAGCCAUCAGAUGAGGAUGAUUUAUUUGGAAACAAUGAGGACAGUGAGUACAGCGAGACGGAUGAUCUCAUACGACGUGACCAAGCUGAGUUGAGCUUGGAACGUACUCAACAGGUUGACUACCCUCCGCAACCGGAGGUAGAGUUUGGUUUUCCGCAGGUUUGCUAUUGUGGUGCUACGCCACUGCUAGCAACGUCUAACAACAGGCAAGAUCAAGGCAGAAGAUUUUUCACUUGUGCGAACAAAGACGACGGCGAAUGCCAUGUCUACAAAUGGUGGGAUGAGGCGCUGAUGGAGGAGAUGAGAGCCAGAGAUAUCCACGUGCUUCAGCUAGGUGAAAAGGUAGAAAGCCUAACCCUUUUGAGUGACUAUGACACAGAGCAGAAGAUACGAAACUUAGAGAAGAUUGUGGGUGAUAUGGCUAAGGAGAAAUCUUCUUUUAGUUAUGGAUUUGAGUGCUUUGUAAUAGGCAUAGUUGUUCUUUUUGUUGUAAUAGGCUUGGUUGUUAUGUUUGGAUAAUUUUAACUUCUCUAACCGGCAUGGUUUGGGUUUUUACCGGAUGUUAAGGAUAUGGUUUUGUACUCUUUAAUAUAACGCAUGAUCGAGUUUCUUAUUUGUAACAUAACUCAUUUGUAAAUUUUAAUGGCUGAAAACUAGAAUGAAAGCUGACAACUAGAAUGGUUUAUUUGUGCUCGUGACCAAAUAGCACAAAGCUACCACAUGUUUAUUUCAUUUAUAACCAUAAGUCACAAGUUGAGAUUCUUUGUACCAAUAAGUGAGUUGAUAAGUCACAUGUUUAUUAUGCUUUCUACCAAUAAGUCACAAGAUGUAGUAAAGAGUUAAUAUCAAUAUUCAUUCACGGGAGGAUUCGUACACAUUUCUUCUUUAUCAUAUAAGUAUUGACACUUCUUCUCUCAUCUUCUCUCAAAUUCUAAACACUUUUUUAUCUUUUGUUAAAAUUUUCUAUGGCUUCUUCUUCACAUUAUCAUUACCACAAAGAUAAUGAUGAUGAAUUAGAUGACAUAUUUGAAGAUUUAUGUGAUGAAUAUAUUGAUUUCAAUCCACAACCAAAAGAGCGAAAAACACGAGUUUUUAUCGAGAGACACCGGGAGGAAGGCCAUCAGAAGCUCUGGAAUGAUUAUUUUAGCGAGACUCCAACAUACCCGCACAAUAUAUUCCGGCGACGGUUUCGAAUGAACAAGGCAUUAUUCUUGCGUAUUGUGCAUCGUCUGUCUACAAAAGUUGAGUACUUUCAACCCAGAGUAGAUGCAACCGGACGGUCGAGUCUAACUCCGCUGCAAAAAUGUACCACAGCAAUACGUCAAUUGGCGUAUGGUGGUGGGUCUGACACAGUUGAUGAAUAUGUCCGAAUUGGAGAAACAACAGCUCGAAGAAGUUUGCACAAUUUCGCCGCGGGAAUAAUCGACUUGUUUGGCGAUGAAUACCUAAGACGUCCCACACCGGAUGAUCUGCAAAGACUACUAUAUAUUGGAGAACAACGUGGGUUUCCAGGGAUGAUUGGAAGCAUCGACUGUAUGCAUUGGGAGUGGAAGAAUUGCCCCACGGCUUGGAAAGGAAUGUAUGCACGAGGAACCGAUAAACCAACGAUUGUCUUGGAGGCGGUAGCUUCAUAUGACCUCUGGAUUUGGCAUGCGUUUUUUGGAGCUCCAGGUACUAUGAACGAUCUUAAUAUUCUCGAUCGAUCACCCGUUUUUGAUGACAUUAUUAACGGAAUAGCGCCACAAGUUAACUUCCAUGUUAAUGGUAAUCCAUACAAUUUGGCAUAUUAUCUCACCGACGGUAUUUAUCCGAAAUGGGCUACUUUUAUUCAAUCUAUCCGACUACCACAAGGUCAGAAGAAUUCAUUAUUUGCUCAAACCCAAGAAGCUGUGCGAAAAGAUGUCGAGCGUGCAUUCGGUGUAUUACAAGCUAGGUUUGCCGUUGUUAGAAAUCCAUCUAAUAUUUGGGAUAAAGAAAAAAUAGGAAAUAUUAUGAGAGCAUGUAUCAUACUCCAUAAUAUGAUUGUGGAAGAUGAACGAUCAUCAGGAACUCAGGCCAACGGUCGUGAAUUUGAAGAAAGAGAAGAUGUGGCUACAUUUUCCGUCAAUAUGCCUUCACCUAUCGUGAGUACAAUUGAGCGUCGCACGAGCGUUCGGAAUAGACAAGUCCAUGAGCAUUUAAAAAAUGAUUUGAUUGAAAAUAUUUGGACUAAAUUUGGACAUCUUACCCAUAACAUAUAAUUUAUAAGUUUCUAUUUGUAUUGGAAUAAAUGUUUGUGUGUUUUUUUAAAUAAUUAUGAUGUUUUGUAUUUCUAUUUUACAACUUUGUAAUUUUCUUAAGAUUUCAAUUUUAAUGUUAAACUUUUUUAAAAUAUUUUUCAUUUACAACUUCUUUUUAUAUGUUAUACAUUAUGAAAAUAAUAAAUUAAUUAAAUAAUAACCUAAGGGACCAGGAAAGUCCCACUAAUAAUCUACCAAAUUGUUAAAUGUCCUUAGUUUAGGUCCCUUAACAUAUAACCUUAAUAUAAAAUGCUAAGGGCUUGUGGGUUGAGUCCCACCAAUACCGAUGCUCUAAGACCUUUUUAUUAUGGACUUAUUACAUAAAAGGUCAAACAUCUACACUAUUCUUGCAGAUAUAAAGUAACAAAGUUAUCCUCAUUACAGCUUGUAGAUUGUUUUUUAAAGCUGGUUUUACAGCUUGUAGAUUGUUUCAGAUGUAAUUUCUGCGCUUGAGACUGCGUUCACAUGAAAUGGAGAAGUACUCAUAAAAAAAUCAUGUAUCUUAUUCAGUAGUUUUGGAACUAAUUAUAUAGUACUUUCAAAAACCAAAAUUCUUAUUUUUCUCUAUUUUCUAAGAUUUUUACGAUAAAAAGCUGUUCGUACACAAUUCACUUUUGGAUCUUUCAAUUAAAUUGUUUAUACGCCUUUACAAUGCGGAAAACCCUAGGGCCGAAACUUAAUCGGUGGGAAAACUCUUAACCAACCGACCAAAAACCAAACAGGUGAAAGAGUAAAGAAAGCUAAUCAAUAAUUGAUGUGAUUUUCUUUGAUUAAGAAGAUUAAUGAAAAUUCCCGAUUUGUAAGAAGGGAUCUUAAAUGAGGAACAUCACAGUCUGGCUUGUCCCCUUGCUGUAUAUAUCUUUGAAACUUAUUUAUAUAUACCCAACUAUCAUUACCGUAUGUAUACGUAAUGAAGAACGAACCUAUAUGCGUAUACGUUACAAGACGUGUAUGCAUGCAUGUAUGCAACUGUAUUGAAUGACUGAACUUGAAAUCCACGAAGCUUCGAUAUGCAUCUUUACAAUUACCGAUCAUUACCAAUUAUGUUUAUACUAGUUCUAUCUUAUUCUGAGUUUAUUAUUUAGCGACGAUCUUAGUUUGAUUUAUAAAGAAAAGAAAAUGUAUGGUAAACUUUUUAAUGACUAAUAUUGGUAAAUAUUCUCUCUUUUUUUUACUACUCUAUAAAAGAGUAACUACUCCACAAUGAGUGUAUGUAUACAACGUGUAAAGUGGAAAAGGAUCGUGGAGAAGUUGGUAUAUGUUUGGAAGCUGGAGCAAGGCGUGGAGUUAAAGCCUUUCUCUUUUGUCUCCUCUUUCCCACCAGCUUCCUUGUUUUCUGCUACUCCGCUCUUUUUCUAUUUUCUCCUUUUCUAAUUAAUAUCUAUAUGAUCAAAACAUUUAUUACACCUUUUGUAUGUAAUAUGUACAAUGGCGGAGCCAGCCAAGAUUUUGACUGGGGUCAAUUUUAUUUAUAACAAAAAUACUUAAUUAAUAUUAAUUAAAUGUUAGCAUUUUAUUUAAAUUUAUUAAAAUAAAUAAAAUAUUAUAAAUAUUGAACAGGUUAAAGUGAUAUAUAUUCACAUUAACUUAUCAAAUUGUUAGUAUUUUGAAUUUUUCAAAAUAAGUAAUAAUUUAAAACGAGUUUUAAUCUAAAUGGUUAACAAUAAAUAAAAUUAUGAUAAAGAAUGAAAAGAAAACAAUUUAUGUGUAAUAUAAAAGUUGUAGUAUUAAUUAUUCUUAGUGGAUAUAAAUAUUGAACAUCGGUAAAAAAAAGAAACAAUUAGGAUAAAAAAAUGAAAAAAUGUUUAAAUAAAUUACGAGUAUCUCUCGCCUUUGACCAAGUAAAAA